AUGAAAUAAUUAAGCAAAAAAAGAUUGAUGCAAAAAAAAUAAAUAAAAUUUGCUAUUACUGAAUGCAAUAUUUUAAAAUAAGUUAAUUCACCAUAAAUUGUCAAUCUUUUUUAAUCAUUUUAAACAGUUAAUAAUCUCUAUUUAGUUAUGGAUUAUUGUGGUGGUGGAGAUCUCUCUUAUCAUCUUUGUAAAUACAAGACUUUUGAUGAAAAUACAUGUAAAAUUAUUACUCGUUAAAUUAUGAAAGCCAUAGAAUAUUUACAUAGCAAAGAUAUUAUAUAUAGAGAUCUCAAACCAGAAAAUAUUAUUCUAGACAAUGAAGGAAGAAUCAAACUAGUAGAUUUUGGUCUUUCAAAAUAAACAGAAGAUGGUAAAACACGUACUUUUUGUGGUUCUCCUGCUUAUUUAGCUCCUGAAGUCUUAGCAAAAAAAGGAGCUGUACAAGCCACAGAUGUUUAUGGAAUUGGAACAGUGUUAUAUGAAUUACUAUUAGGAGAUCCACCAUAUUUUAAUGAAGAUAUAGACACUUUAUACAAUAGCAUUCGCAAUGACAAUCUUCAUAUUCCUAAUAAAUUAAGUAAACCUUGUUAAUCUAUUCUAUUUGGAUUGUUGUAAAAAGAAGCCAAUAAAAGAAUUGGUUGCAAAUAGCCAUCCUAAGUAAAUUGGAAUUUGAUAAAAUUACAUGAAUGGUUGGAAUGGGAUAAUCCUGAAGAAAAAGUUACUUUUGGACUUAGCUAAGAAAAUUUAGAUAGUAUAAUUCGGAAAUAUACUCAUGUAUAAUGUGUUAUUAAUAUAUUAGAAUCUUGGAGAUACAGAUUACAAUGAAGAAAAUUCAGGUAUAAAUAGAAUAAAUGGUUGGACUUUCGUAAGAAAGAGUUGA